AUGGCGACUGCAGAAGAGAAACUCGCAGAGUCUACGGAGGGCCCCGCCCUCAUAGGGGUUUUCUUGAAUCUUACUCUGUACGGAGUAAUGAUCUCGCAGUCGGUCUUUUACUUCACGAACUACCAGAAAGACCCGAAGUGGAUCAAGGCCUACGUCGCUUUUCUCGUCACAGCGGACACCCUCAACGCGGUCUUCAUUUGCGCGUGGAUCUACCGAGUUUUGAUCAACAACUUCGUGUUCCGAAAUGUAGGCAAUGACGCGGUUCUUGGUAUAGGCGACUGGUUGUUUGAGACAGAGCAAGCCUUCACCGGCAUCGUAUCCUUUCAAGUCCAGAUGUUCUACGCCUGGCGUAUCUGGAAACUGAUCGGGAACCGAUGGCUUGUUGCCAUCGUCGCCGUCACGGCGACUGUCGGCGGCCUUUCCGGUAUCGGCACCGCAAUAGCUAUUGGUAUGCGUCCGGAGUUCCUUGGUCGAUCAUCAUCUGUUGGCUUCUGGGGGAAGGCAUCAGCGACAUCAUCAUUACUGUCUGUCUCACCUGGUACCUGGCAACAUAAGCAUCUUGGCGGGUACUCCAAGACAGACGGUAUUGUCACGAAAGUUAUGCACCUCAUCGUGUCCAACGGCUUGCUGACGGCUACCUUCGCCAUUGGUGAUUUGAUCUGCUACUUCGCUACUGACGAGGCCUACCACCUGAUCUUCAAUUUCCCACUAUGCAAGUUGUACGGCAACUCCGUGAUGUCGACUCUGAACGCGAGGGCCAUCUUCAUGACCAUCUCAGAUGGCCCGGCCACGGCGUACCAGAGUGAUCCUCCGAUCAGGUUCAACCAGGGCGGAAGACCGGACAUCACUGGAAUUCUUGCGACUUCCGUGGACAAGACGCGUGGCAACCAGACGCAGAUCAGGGUCAAUGUGGAGACGCACGAGAUGUCCGAUAUGCAAGGACAAGAGCAUACGUCAGACGACAUCAAGGCGGGUAUGGUCGUGUAG